UCGAAACAGAAUAUGUGGUUGGCAACGUAAGCAGUAAAGGAGCUACUGACAGCCGUCAGCUGAUAUUUAUCAAAAUAUUUUUAUCAACAUAGUUGGGCGUCAUUGUGUGCAUUUAGUUAAAAUUUUGAAAAGUAUUUAAUCGAAAAUAAAUAUAUCGUUAACAUGAAGAAAAAAGUACUGCUUAUGGGUAAAAGUGGAUCUGGUAAGACCAGUAUGCGUUCCAUUAUAUUUGCUAACUACAUAGCCAGAGAUACAACACGUCUAGGAGCUACAAUUGAUGUGGAACAUUCACACGUGCGAUUUCUUGGUAAUUUGGUUUUGAAUCUGUGGGAUUGUGGUGGUCAGGAAGGUUUUAUGCAACAAUAUUUUGUAACACAACGUGAUAAUAUAUUUCGAAAUGUUGAGGUUCUUAUAUAUGUGUUCGAUGUGGAAAGCCGUGAACUAGAGCGUGAUGUACACUACUAUCAAUCUUGCCUCGAAGCAUUGUUGCAGAAUUCACCAGAGGCUAAAAUAUUUUGUUUAAUACAUAAAAUGGAUUUGGUGGCGGAGGAACAGCGUGAAGCACUUUUUAAAGAUCGUGAAGAAGACCUAAUACGACUUUCUAAACCAGGAAAUGUCACCUGUUUUAGGACUAGUAUUUGGGACGAAACAUUAUACAGAGCCUGGUCCAGUAUAGUAACAAUGCUAAUACCAAAUGUAGCUGCACUUGAAAAUUCACUAACACAUUUUGCAAAUGUCAUCGACGCUGAUGAGGUUUUAUUAUUCGAAAAAGCGACUUUCCUAGUUAUUUCACAUUGCCAGAGUAAAAAAAAUCGUGAUUCGCAUCGUUUUGAAAAAGUAUCGAAUAUUAUAAAGCAAUUUAAGUUAAGUUGCUCUAAACUAGGUGCCAAGUUCCAGUCUAUGGAAGUACGUAAUAGUGCGUUUGCGGCAUUUAUUGAUACCUUUACCAGCAAUACAUACGUAAUGGUUGUCAUGUCGGAUCCCUCAAUACCAUCUGAAGCUACUUUAGUCAAUAUACGCAAUGCGCGGAAAUAUUUUGAGGAGCUUGAAAAUCCAAACAGUAACGCUAUAAGCCAUCAUCAGUAUCACUGAUACCAAUGGAGCAGACAAACAUAAAGUCUACAUUAUUCCGCUAUGGCAGUGGAUGAGUUAUAUAAAUAAUUGCUUUAGUAUUUAAGUUUUUUGUUUUUGUUUCUCUAAAUUUGAUUUAAUCCUAGAUUUUGUUUACCAUUUAAUAUAAAUUAUUUUAAAUAUUAAAUAUUGAUAGGCUUUAAUUGAUACAUUUUUAAUGUGCAAUUAAUCUAAAGGCACACAAAAGCUUCCAACAU